CUGCUCCCCGUCUCCUUCACGUAGCUCAGGUGCCUCUCGAAGUAUGCGGCGCCCUUCUCCAGGUGGUCCCUAACCUUGGGCGAGUCUUCCUCCUCCCUCUCCUCCUUCUGCGAGAGCUCCAGCCGUGCCAGAGUCAGCUCCAGGUCCCCCAGGUUGUGGUAGGCCUUGGACCGCGAGCGGGAGUCCUCCAGCUUCUCGCAGAUGUCCAGGUAGCGCUCGUAGCAAAGCUUGGCUCUCUGGAGGUAGCCGGUCUUGCGGUGCGCUAUCCCCAUGUUGCAGUAGGCCUGCGCCUGGCUCCGCUCGUCCCCCAGCUCGUAGCAGAUGGCCAAGUCGUGCAUGUGGCACAGCGCUGCCUUUUCGUAGUCUCCGACGUAGAAGUGAGCGUUACCGAGCAGACUCCAAAGGACGCUCCGGAGCUGCAGGUCCUCCGUCCCAUGCUCAAGCGCAGCCUCCAGCAGCGGGAUCGCCUGCCUGUGCUCGCCUUGCUUCGUCAGACACUCUCCCUCGAUGGCUAGCUCCUGACAGGUGGGGGCCUCGCGCACCCCGCCCGCCUCGCUGUCAGUAAACGACACGAGCGAGAUGCCAUCUCCGGUCAAGUCGCGCGGGUCCACACCCUCCAGCAGGAACGUCAGCGAAGUCUUUGUGACGCUCGUCUUGGAGUGCUCCACCUCGCUGAAAUCCUCCACGUCGCUCAUCCUCUCGCCUGGGCUGGCUUUAGCUGAACUUUUUACGCCGGAGUUCCGUAAUAGUAGGCGUAAUAGUAGGCGUAAUAGUAGGCGCGUACUCUACGAUACACACUCACCCACGCAUCUGUACAUAACAACAAAGUUCAGUCAUAAAGAUAUUCACUGGUCAAACGGAUCGGAUUCCUGACUGGCUGUGCUGUGGAACACGUCGCCCAGCAUGUGCCUGGGGAUCUCAGAGCCUCGUAUCUUUAGAGUGUAGCAGGCAGUUUCGAUCUUCCCCACACUCGAUCGCAGCGUGCGAAGUUUGUGUAAGAUUUCCUUGGAGAUGGGUGGAAGGCUCUGGAACCCAUGGUAGAUGGAGGAAAUGAAGGGCAGCAGUUGAAACGGAACCCUUUGCUGUCCUGCUCCGACUGCCGUGAUACACAUUCGCAUCAGUUCCCCAGUCAAGUCUGCAAUACCUAGCACAUAGUUGAGUCGACUGAGUGGUACACACACAGCCUCCCCAUCUCCAGACCCCUCAUCCGCACAUGAGAACUCCAGCCAGUGGCACACCUCUUCGUGGCUCACCAACCCACCCUGUCGCAAGAACACGUAGUAAGCCAGAGCCUCCACGAACUCCUGAAGGCCGGGGGAGAAGGCUGAGAGGUGGAGCCAGGGGUCCAGACCCGUCAGCUCCCUGGCUGUGGACUGCAGGAACUGCCCCACCUCCUGAAGUUUCCCCUCGGCCUCAUCCAGUCUCUCUUCUCUCUCGCUGCCUCCUCUAUCGAGGAUGGCUGCUCGGUGGAGCAAGAAGAUGGCUCUCUUGCUGUGGAUGGUGGUGUCUCGACUCAGUUUCACCAGUCGCUCAUGUCGGUCGUGACGACGUUCCAGCUCCGUCUUGUACUCUGAGAACACGUCUGCAUACAGACACGGCACCGACUCCUCCGCCGCUUUCUGUACUUGGUUCAUCUCUUUUACGAUUUGAGUACUCACGGUUUCCCCGCCGGCCCUGGUCGUCUUUCCGUCUCUUCGACAUGCUGGCUAAUAUAUCGGCAAAGCUAUCCUUUUCCACAUACACGUGGGCUGGAAUUUCGAAAGUACGCAUGCGCAAACGCGGAACCCCGCGCAGAGGAGAUGGCUCGUCUAGUGGGACAAGACAGUGAUGUGGUGUUGGAGCUAGAAUCAGGGGAGACUGUGCUGGGCAGAGGACCGCUUCUGAAGAUCGUGGACAAGAGGGUGUCCCGAAGCCAUGCCACACUGGAAUGGGAGAAUGGAAUUCUCAGACUCUGCCCAGUUUUGCAGGCACUCGGUUCCCUCCACCACGUCUUGUUUGCCUCUUUUCCACUCCAGAAACACAGCAACCCUUGCUUCCUGAGACCAGAGGGGAGGUCAGAGUUCACAACACUUGUCAGAGAUGAGUGGGUGGAGCUCCACCAUGGCAACCAGAUAUCUCUGCUGCCAGACAGUCUGCAGUACUCAGUGGAGCUGGAGACCAGCCAGCGGGAGAGAGCCGGCAGCCAGGAACAGAAGGAGAGGCAGAGGGAAGAGAGCCGGGAGCGAGAGACCAAUGAGGAGAGAGAAGGCAGUGAGAAAGAAGAGGAUGCUGGUCCGGAGAGAGAGGUGAAAGUGGCCACUGGGAUGAGCCAGGAAAAAGCAGCCAACCAACAUGAGCAGGAGUUGUAUGGAGGUGAUGAUGUCAGUUCAGUGUCUGCAGCAGUGGAGGGUGAGAGGAGAUCAGCUGCUGCUGGUACAGGGAGAAGACGAAUCCUGCCGUCUUGGUUGAGUGGUGGUGUGGCCACCUCCAGUAAGACUACUGCGUCCUCUCGGGGCUCCUCUAGAAAGACUGCUGGGUCUGGUAGCAGGACUGUGAGCGGUGAAACAUCUGGUAGCAAGACUGGCAGUGAACCAUGUGGUGGGUCCUCCAGCAACAAGGCCCCAGUCAGGAGGAAAAGGAAACUUUCUCCAUCUCCAGAUGACGAGGAGACCAGCCCCUCUGCUGCCCAAGCAACUGUGACCAGAGACUCUGUUCCCCAGUCAGUGGGCGGUUCCCCUGAGUCAGGGGGGCCUGCCACGCCCCUCCCUCCCUGUCCCUAUGGAGCUGCCUGCUACAGGAAAAACCCCGCCCACUUCCAGGAGUUUUCUCACGGCAGAGUCGAUGACAGACCACACUGUCCCUAUGGCAACGCCUGCUACAGGAAGAAUCCUGAGCAUAGGAAUCAGUUCCAGCAUUCAGGUCCGCCGGCUGAGGGAGCAGCUGCUACCAAGAGAGCCAGGCAAACACGACGGAAGAGAAACAGCACCGAGGGAGUGAUGAGUGUGCUGGCAGGAGGUAGUGACGACAGCGAUGGCCCCAACACAUAUGACUACAACGACAGUUUUAUUGAUGACAAAGAGCUCAGCGGUGGAUCUACUAGUUACGGAGGCGAGAGUGAGGACAGUGACUGGGCUCCGCCCACUCAAGGUGGGGCAGAGGAGGAAGAGGUUGGGGAUUUGGUGGACGAGGCCAAAGGCUUCAUCUCUAACAAGAAAAUGUGGCAACCCUAGCCACACCCACUGUUUGCUCUCUCGUUGUCAUGGACACAUCCUUCAUACAUUGUUUUUUAGUUCAACAACAAACAUUUUUAUAAAAUUAAUUACACAUAAAGUUAUAAAAUUGGGUGUCAUCAUCAUUCAAGUUUGCAUGAACCUGACAGUCAUCUUUUCAUCCAAGUCAAUAGCAGAGAGUACCUGUAAGAGGGAAGAGACAGUGGGUUCAAGAAAGAGUGAGAGUACUCUACCUCAGUUAACUCUGCCAAAGAAAUCAUGUUAUCUUCAUCCUUGUCUGCCUCCUUCAGUGUGCGCUUUACAAUACAGUUCAGCUGUUCGGGAGGUAUGUGGAGACCAACCAUGGCAUGUAGGAUAUGGUGGAGAUCAUUCUUAGAGAUGGCUCCAUCUCUGUCUGUGUCGUAUACCUGGAAUACAACUGGAGAAAGGAUUGGGGGGAGUGAGGAAGGAUGGAAGAAGCUCACACUCAAUCUUCUUCUCCCUGGAGUUCAUGACAUGCUCGUGGCCUUUCUUGGAGCUCCGGAACCUUGCCAGCGUCCUCACAAACUGACGGAAGUUCACCUUCUCCACUGACACUGUAGAGUCUUUCCUGCAGGAACCGGGGAGAGAGAUGAAGGAAAGUCUCAGAACACACUCA